AUGGGGGAGGUUGAGUUGUCCUGUCUCGCCUAUGUGAAGAUGUACCUGCACGCUUGUUUGUUUCCACGGUGCAGUGUCAAUGGGCUGCUGUUGUCGUCCAGCCCAGCAGGUGGCGCUGUGUGUGUGACAGACUGCGUUCCCUUGCUUCACUCUCACCUACCUUUGGCUCCCAUCACCCAGCUGGCUCUCACACAGGUAACCAUCUAAUAAUCUGUGGUCUUUGCUGUCCAACAUACAGUAUGUCAAAAAUUAUCAAACACAAUCAUCCUUACCUGGCAGUGGUGCAUGUAGAUUGUGGUUCAGUCUUUUGGCUUGUCAUGUAUUUAUGUGCUAUAAUGUAUCAUACCUUCUUUGCUUCAGGUGGAUGUAUGGUGUGCACAGACACAGCAGAGGAUUGUAGGAUACUACCAAGCCAACGCCUGUGUGUCAGACAGCAGGUGUGUCCCAUAGUGGUCCAGCAUCACCAUUGACUCUAGAUGUUAAUUUCUCUAUCACAUGGUUUCAGUGGCCCGUUAGCCUACUUAUCACGUGCAUAUCACCUGUGUUCAUCUAACCACUAUCACCUGUGUUCAUCUAACCACUAUCACCUGUGUUAAACUAACCACUAUCACCUGUGUUAAUCUAACCACCAUCACCUGUGUUCAUCUAACCACUACCACCUGUGUUCAUCUAACCACUAUCACCUGUGUUAAUUUAACCACUAUCACCUGUGUUAAUUUAACCACUAACCAUUAUCACCUGUGUUAAACUAACCACUAACCAUUAUCACCCGUGUUAAACUAACCACUAACCAUUAUCACCUGUGUUAAACUAACCACUAAUCAUUAUCACCUGUGUUAAACUAACCACUAACCAUUAUCACCUGUGUUAAACUAACCACUAACCAUUAUCACCUGUGUUAAACUAACCACUAACCAUUAUCACCUGUGUUAAAAACUAACCAUUCCUUCUCUCUCUCUCCCCUUCGCUGGGUAGCCCUACGCCAUGUGCAUUGAAGAUUGCAGACAAGAUAGCCGAGCAGUGUAACAAUGCAGUUUUGUUAAUGGUAAGCAUCCACUGUGGUCUAUUUUUUGUUAUUUUUUAGUCAUUUAGCAGAUGCUCUUAUCCAGAGCGACUUACAGUUAGUGAGUGCAUACAUGUUUUUGUUUUUUUCAUACUGGUCCCCCGUUGGAAACGAACCCACAACCCUGGCGUUGUAAACGCCAUGUUCUACCAACUGAGCUACACGGGACUAUUUUAUUGUCUGUAACUUCCUUUUUGUGUGUGUGUGUGUGUACAAGCUCACAAUGCAGCAGCUUUUUGGUAAAUCUUUCAGAUGUGUGUGUCUGCAUCCCCUUCUCUCUAACUGUGACCUAUGUGCCUUGUCAGAUUGAUAGUGGAAAGAUGUCUCCUGACUACAGGGUGCCUCCCAUCGUGAUGUACGAGCGAAAAGACACGCGCUGGACCCUCAAAGACAAACACACGUAAGAUCUGAACAUCUCUGCUAUCCUUCUUUCAAGAUAGUUAACUACCGUUUGCUUUUCUGUUGAUAGCACACCUCUAUCAAGUACAUUCACACAGUAUCUGUGGCUGUAGCAGCUGUAUAGGACUACAUACAUUGUAUUGAAGAGGAAGCUCAGGGGAGAGGGGGUGUGUCUCUCUUUGUUAACAACAGUUGGUGUGCAAUCUCUAAUAUUAAGGAAGUCUCGAGGUUCUGCUCGCCUGAGUUAGAAUACCUCGUGAUAAGCUGUAGAACAUACUAUUUACCAAGAGUUUUCAUUUAUAUUUUUCAUCGCUGUCUAUUUACCACCCCAAACCAAUGCUGGCACUAAGACCGCACUCAAUGAGCUGUAUAGGGCCAUAAAUAAGAACAUGCUCCAAGUGGCCGGUGACUUUAAUGCAGGAAAACGUACAUCCGUUUGACCUCAUUUCUACUAGCAUGUCACCUGUGCAACUAGAGGCGAGAACUCUAGAUCACCUUUACUCCACACACACAGAGCCCAUCAAACAGGCAAAGCGUCAAUACGGGACCAAGAUAAAAUCCUACUACACCGGCUCUGAUGCUCGUCGGAUGUGGCAGGGCUUGCAAACUAUCAUGGAUUACAAAGAGAAACCCAGCCGCGAGCUGUCCAGUGUUGCGAGCCUACCAUACGAGCUAAAUACCUUCUAUUUUAUUGUAUUAUUUUAUUUCACCUUUAAUUAACCAGUUAAGCCAGUUGAGAACAAGUUCUCAUUUACAACUGCAACCUGGCCAAGAUAAAGCAAAGCAGUGUGAUAAAAACAACACAGAGUUACAUAUGGAAUAAACAAAACGUACAGUCAAUAACAUAGAAAAUCUAUAUACAGUGUGUGCAAAUGUAGUAAGUUAUGGAGGUAAGGCAAUAAAUAGGCCAUAGUGCAAAAUAAUUACAAUUUAGUAUUAACACUGGAGUGAUAGAUGUGCAAAUAGAGAUACUGGGGUGCAAAUGAGCAAAAUAAAUAACAAUGUAAAUAACUAUGGGGAUGAGGUAGUUGGUUGGGCUAAUUACAGAUGGGCUGUGUACAGGUGCAGUGAUCGGUAAGCUGCUCUGACAACUGAUGCUUAAAAUUAAUGAGGGAGAUAAGUAUCUCCAGCUUCAGAGAUUUUUGUAGUUCGUUCCAGUCAUUUGCAGCAGAGAACUGGAAGGAAUGGCGGCCAAAGGAGGUGUUGGCUUUGGGGAUGACCAGUGAGAGAUACCUGCUGGAGCGCAUACUACGGGUGGGUGUUGCUAUGGUGACCAAUGAGCUAAGAUAAGGCGGGAAUUUGCCUAGAAGUGAUUUAUAGAUGACCUGGAGCCAGUGGGUUUGGCGACGAAUAUGUAGUGAGGGCCAGCCAACGAGAGCGUACAGGUCACAAUGGUGGGUAGUAUACAGUGAGGGGAAAAAGUAUUUGAUCCCCUGCUGAUUUUGUACGUUUGCCCACUGACAAAGACAUGAUCAGUCUAUAAUUUUAAUGGUAGGUUUAUUUGAACAGUGAGAGACAGAAUAACAACAAAAAAAUCCAGAAAAACGCAUGUCAAAAAUGUUAUAAAUUGAUUAGUAUUUUAAUGAGGGAAAUAAGUAUUUGACCCCUCUGCAAAACAUGACUUAGUACUUGGUGGCAAAACCCUUGUUGGCAAUCACAAGUCAGACAUUUCUUGUAGUUGGCUACCAGGUUUGCACACAUCUCAGGAGGGAUUUUGUCCCACUCCUCUUUGCAGAUCUUCUCCAAGUCAUUAAGGUUUCGAGGCCUGACGUUUGGCAACUCGAACCUUCAGCUCCUGUCGUAGAAAUAUUUGACAAAAAAAUAGUCAACUCAAAAAUAUCUCUCAAGAGACUGGAGCUUGUGAAUCCAGAAAUUAGACUUUAUUAUUGUGUAACAAAGCCGAGCCACUCCAUGGAACGGCUGUCUCUCUUUGGCUUAGAGAUCUCUUAGAGGUCCUCUGUAGCUCAGCUGGUAGAGCACGGCGCUUGUAACGCCAAGGUAGUGGGUUCGAUCCCCGGGACCACCCAUACACAAAAAUUUAUGCACGCAUGACUGUAAGUCGCUUUGGAUAAAAGCGUCUGCUAAAUGGCAUAUUAUUAUUAUUAUAUACACACACAAAUGCACAGUCAUGUAUACAUAGCUUACAAAGCUACUCCCCUUAAGAUCACUGAUUAACAUCUUUAACUGCCACGCCACUAUUAUCUUUGAAAGUCCAAUAACACAUGUUGUUUACUCCAAAAGGCCUUGGGCGCUUUUCCAUAUGUCCUCUUCCUCUUAUCCAUUAAAGCAUGUUUACACAUUGUAUUGAAUAUAUUCCUUAUUUAGACAUGCAUCUGGACUUAUAUUAUGUAAGUCAUGUUUACUAUUUUAUCUUUGACAUUUCCCAACAUUUUCCUUAAUGAUACAUACAAUAUUACCAUACUCCCUCCACAGAUUUUCUAUGGGAUUAAGGUCUGGAGACUGGCUAGGCCACUCCAGGACCUUAAUGUGCUUCUUCUUGAGCCACUCCUUUGUUGCCUUGGCCGUGUGUUUUGGGUCAUUGUCAUGCUGGAAUACCCAUCCACGACCCAUUUUCAAUGCCCUGGCUGAGGGAAGGAGGUUCUCACCCAAGAUUUGACGGUACAUGGCCCCGUCCAUCGUCCCUUUGAUGCGGUGAAGUUGUCCUGUCCCCUUAGCAGAAAAACACCCCCAAAGCAUAAUGUUUCCACCUCCAUGUUUGACGGUGGGGAUGGUGUUCUUGGGGUCAUAGGCAGCAUUCUUCCUCCUCCAAAAACGGCGAGUUGAGUUGAUGCCAAAGAGCUCGAUUUUGGUCUCAUCUGACCACAACACUUUCACCCAGUUCUCCUCUGAAUCAUUCAGAUGUUCAUUGGCACACUUCAGACGGGCAUGCAUAUGUGCUUUCUUGAGCAGGGGGACCUUGCGGGCGCUGCAGGAUUUCAGUCCUUCACGGCAUAGUGUGUUACUAAUUGUUUUAUUGGUGACUAUGGUCCCAGCUGCCUUGAGAUCAUUGACAAGAUCCUCCCGUGUAGUUCUGGGCUGAUUCCUCACCGUUCUCAUGAUCAUUGCAACUCCACGAGGUGAGAUCUUGCAUGGAGCCCCAGGCCGAGGGAGAUUGAUAGUUCUUUUGUGUUUCUUCCAUUUGCGAAUAAUCGCACCAACUGUUGUCACCUUCUCACCAAGCUGCUUGGCGAUGGUCUUGUAGCCCAUUCCAGCCUUGUGUAGGUCUACAAUCUUGUAACCUGACAUCCUUGGAGUGCUCUUUGGUCUUGGCCAUGGUGGAGAGUUUGGAAUCUGAUUGAUUGAUUGCUUCUGUGGACAGGUGUCUUUUAUACAGGUAACCAAUCUGAGAUUAGGAGCACUCCCUUUAAGAGUGUGCUCCUAAUCUCAGCUCGUUACCUGUAUAAAAGACACCUGGGAGCCAGAAAUCUUUCUGAUUGAGAGGGGGUCAAAUACUUAUUUCCCUCAUUAAAAUGCAAAUCAAUUUAUAACAUUUUUGACAUGUGUUUGUCUGGAUUUUUUUGUUAUUCUGUCUCUCACUGUUCAAAUAAACCUACCAUUAAAAUUAUAGACUGAUCAUUUCUUUGUCAGUGGGCAAACUUACAAAUUCAGCAGGGGAUCAAAUACUUUUUUCCCUCACUGUAUGGGGCUUUGGUGACAAAAUGGAUGGCACUGUAACAGACUACAUCCAAUUUGCUGAGUUGAGGCUUCGAGGUUAGCAACACUGGACCAUGCAUGAGAGCACCAGCUGUUCCGGAUGACUGUGUGAUCACGCUCUCCAUAGCCGAUGUGAGAAAGACCUUUAAACAGGUUAACAUUCACAAGGCCGCAGGGCCAGAUGGAUUACCAGGACGCGUACUCAGAGCACGCGCUGACCAACUGGAAAGUGUCUUCACUGACAUUUACACACUCUCCCUGGCCCAGUCUGUAAUACAUGUUUUAUGGGAUAUUUUUCAGUAACUAUAUAUUAAACAUGGUAAAUCUUUUCAAUUUUUCAAGCAGACUAUAAAUUAAGCACAUUUUUCAGUUAAACAUAGAUACAUCUAUAAAGAUUAAAACAUAGUUAAUCACAAAGACAAACAGUACGACUAAGUGAAUACAGAGUGAUACGGAGUGUGGUACAGAGUGGUAGACAGGGAGGGAGCCUGAGCCAGAGUCAGGAUAUGGCUUUUGGGAAUGGGCCUGCUUAUUCUUACUACAGUGGGGAGAACAAGGAUUUGAUACACUGCCGAUUUUGCAGGUUUUCCUACAUAAAAAGCAUGUAGAGGUCUGUAAUUUUUAUCAUAGGUACACUUCAAAUGUGAGAGACGGAAUCUAAAACAAAAAUCCAGAAAAUCACAUUUGUAUGAUUUUUAAGUAAUUAAUUUGCAUUCUAUUGCAUGACAUAAGUAUUUGAUCACCUACCAACCAGUAAGAAUCUCACAGACCUGUUAGUUUUUUUAAGAAGCCCUCCUGUUCUCCACUCAUUACCUGUAUUAACUGCACCUGUUUGAACUUGUUACCUGUAUAAAAGACACCUGUCCACACACUCAAUCAAACAGACUCCAACCUCUCCACAAUGGCCAAGACCAGAGAGCUGUGUAAGGACUUCAGGGAUAAAAUUGUAGACCUGCACAAGGCUGGGAUGGGCUACAGGACAAUAGGCAAGCAGCUUGGUGAGAAGGCAACAACUGUUGGCGCAAUUAUUAGAAAAUGGAAGAAGUUCAAGAUGACGGGCAAUCACCCUCGGUCUGGGGCUCCAUGCAAGAUCUCACCUCGUGGGGCAUCAAUGAUCAUGAGGAAGGUGAGGGAUCAGCCCAGAACUACACGGCAGGACCUGGUCAAUGACCUGAAGAGAGCUGGGACCACAGUCUCAAAGAAAACCAUUAGUAACACACUACGCCGUCAUGGAUUAAAAUCCUGCAGCGCAUGCAAGGUCCCCCUGCUCAAGCCAGCGCAUGUCCAGGCCCGUCUGAAGUUUGCCAAUGACCAUCUGGAUGAUCCAGAGGAGGAAUGGGAGAAAGUCAUGUGGUCUGAUGAGACAAAAAUAGAGCUUGGAGGAAGAAGAAGGAUGAGUACAACCCCAAGAACACCAUCCCAACCGUGAAGCAUGGAGGUGGAAACAUCAUUCUUUGGGGAUGCUUUUCUGCAAAGGGGACAGGACGACUGCACCGUAUUGAGGGGAGGAUGGAUGGGGCCAUGUAUCGCGAGAUCUUGGCCAACAACCUCCUUCCCUCAGUAAGAGCAUUGAAGAUGGGUUGUGGCUGGGUCUUCCAGCAUGACAACGACCCGAAACACACAGCCAGGGCAACUAAGGAGUGGCUCCGUAAGAAGCAUCUCAAGGUCCUGGAGUGGCCUAGCCAGUCUCCAGACCUGAACCCAAUAGAAAAUCUUUGGAGGGAGCUGAAAGUCCGUAUUGCCCAGCGACAGCCCCGAAACCUGAAGGAUAUGGAGAAGGUCUGUAUGGAGGAGUGGGCCAAAAUCCCUGCUGCAGUGUGUGCAAACCUGGUCAAGAACUACAGGAAACGUAUGAUCUCUGUAAUUGCAAUCAAAGGUUUCUGUACCAAAUAUUAAGUUCUGCUUUUCUGAUGUAUGAAAUACUUAUGUCAUGCAAUAAAAUGCAAAUUAAUUAUUUAAAAAUCAUACAAUGUGAUUUUCUGGAUUUUUGUUUUAGAUUCCAUUCCGUCUCUCACAGUUGAAGUGUACCUAUGAUAAAAAUUACAGACCUCUACAUGCUUUGUAAGUAGGAAAACCUGAAAAAUCGGCAGUGUAUCAAAUAAUUGUUCUCCCCACUGUAUGUGUGGGAAAUAUACAUUGUGCAUGAGAACGGUACAUGUCUGAGAAUUGAUUAUACUGUUAUGCAUGAGGAAUGUCUUAAAUGUAUAUGGUUGAGAAUGGGUUAUGGACCUGCCAUGUUUAAACCAUGUUUAAGUAUCAAUUGAUAUGUUUUAGAAUAAACAGAGCAGAGCCAGGAGAUGGCUGUUAUUUUUUACAUGAGAAAGCUUGGUUUGUCCACUAUUGUUUUCAAACUGAAUAUAUAGGAGGAGGAGAAGUCAGAUUUCGCCACUAUCAUAAAUAAAGAGAGUGGGCAGAGCGGUCAAAAGAUGGAAGCUUGGAGACAAUGGUGGAGGAACUAAGCUGGGAGGGUUUAAGCUAAAAAGUAUGUAAAAUGAGCAGGAAUAGAAUUGUAUAUAAACUGAGGGCAGAGUGUUGGGAGUUAGUUGCUCUGCAGACCAGCUCGGCUCUGUUGCUUUGUGUAAUAAAGUCUAUCUUGAUUCUACAAAAACUCUGGAAGAACUUUGAUUUUUAAUAAGUAUAGUGAUAAUUUUCUACGACAGUUUCAAGCAGACCACCAUAGUCCCUGUGCCCAAGAAUGCAAAAGUAACCUGUCUAAAUGACUAAUCGCCCCGUUGCACUCCCAUCUGUAGCAAUGAAAUGCUUUGAAAGGCUGGUCAUGGCUCACAUCAACGCCAUCAUCCCAGACACCCUGGACCCACUCCAAUUCGCAUACCGCCCCAACAAAUCCACAAAUGCCGCAAUCUCUAUUGCGCUCCACACUGCCCUUUCCCACCUGGACAAAAGGAACACCUACGUGAAAAUGCUGUUCAUUGACUACAGCUCAGCGUUCAACACCAUAGUGCCCUCAAAGCUCAUCACUAAGCUAAGGACCCUGGGAUUAAACACCUCCCUUUGCAACUGGAUCCUGGACUUCCUAACGGGACGUCCCCAGGUGGUGAGGGUAGGCAACAACACAUCCGCCACACUGACCUUCAACACGGGGGCCCCUCAGGGGUGCAUGCUCAGUCCCCUCCUGUACUCCCUGUUCACCCAUGACUGCAUGGCCAGGCACGACUCCAACACCAUCAUUACGUUUGCUGACGACACAACAGUGGUAGGCCUGAUCACCGUCAACGAUGAGACAGCCUAUAGGGAGGAGGUCCGAGACCUGGCUGUGUGGUGCCAGGAUAACAACCUCUCCCUCAACGUGAUCAAGACAAAGGAGAUGAUUGUGGACUACAGGGGAAAAAAAGAGGACUGAGCACACCCCCAUUCUCAUCGACGGGGCUGUAGUGGAACAGGUUGAGAGCUUCAAGUUCCUUGGUGUCCACAUCACCAACGAACUAUCAUGGUCCAAACACACCAAGACAGUCGUGAAGAGGGCACGACAAAGCCUAUUCCCCCUCAGGAGACUGAAAAGAUUUGGCAUGGGUCCUCAGAUCCUCAAAGUUCUACAGCUGCACCAUCGAGAGCAUCCUGACUGGUUGCAUCACCGCCUGGUAUGGCAACUGCUCGGCCUCCGACCGCAAGGCACUACAGAGGGUAGUGCGUACAGCCCAGUACAUCACGGGGGCUAAGCUUCCUGCCAUCCAGGACCUCCAUACCAGGCGGUGUCAGAGGAUGGCCCUAAAAAUUGUCAAAGACUCCAGCCAUCCAAGUCAUAGACUGUUCUCUCUGUUACCACACAGCAAGCGGUACUGAUGCACCAAGUCUGGAACCAACAGGACCCUGAACAGCUUCUACCCCCAAGCCAAAAGACUGCUAAAUAGUUAAUCCGGGUAGCUAUUGGUUAACUAUUUAACUAUCUGCAUUGACCCUUUUUUGUCUCUUUUGACUAAUCACAAACGCUGCUUUUACUGUUUAUUAUCUAUCCUGUACAUAUCUACCUCAAUUACCUCGUACCCCUGCACAUCAACACUGUACUGGUACCCCGUGUAUAUAACCAAGUUAUCGUUACUCAUUGUGUAUUUAUUCCUUGUAAUUAUUUUUCUAUUAAUUCUCUUUUUUCUCUCUGCAUUGUUGGGAAGGGCCUGUAAGCAAUUCACUGUUAGUCUACACCUGUUGUUGGGAAGGGCCUGUAAGCAUUUCACUGUUAGUCUACACCUGUUGUUUACGAAGCAUGUGACCAAUACAAUUUCAUUUGAUUGGAAAAAUAUAAAUGUAUUUUAAGUAUACAUUAAAGAUACCUUUGUUUUUCUUCCAGGAUAAUGCUGCGGCAGUGGGAGGAGACUCGGGAAAUAGCCAGUCAGCUGCUGGUCUCUGGAGAUCACUCCUUAUUAGUGGAUUUUGACAGCCAUUUGGAUGACAUCACUAGGGACUGGACAAAUCAGAAACUGAAUGCCAAAAUAGCAGAGCUUGCCUCACCAGCCAAUAGUAAUGUCUGA